GUUCAGGGGUCUACACGGGUUCCAGAGGCGCGUCUGCAUGUCGCUGCUAAUUCCCCUCAUAAACCGUCUUCUACCGCCCCCGAAUGAAGAUUAACAGGUAUGCCAAAGGAAAAAUAUGAUCCUCCAGAUCCCCGCAGAUGUUACACCAUCAUGUCAGCUGAGGAGGCGGCCAAUGGGAAGAAGUCUCACUGGAACGAGCUGGAGAUAACCGGACGAGUCAGGAGUCUGAGCAGCUCGUUAUGGACCCUCACGCACCUGACGGCGCUGCACAUCAAUGAUAACAACCUGACCCGCAUCCCGCCGGACAUCGCCAAGCUGCCCAACCUGGUCUACCUGAACCUGUCGUCCAAUAAGCUGCGCAGUCUGCCCGCCGAACUGGGCAACAUGGUCUCUCUCAGGGAAUUGCUUUUAAACAACAAUCUUUUACGAGUCCUGCCUUACGAACUCGGCCGGCUUUUCCAACUUCAAACUCUGGGACUAAAAGGAAAUCCGUUAUCGCAGGACAUCCUGAAUCUGUACCAGGAGCCCGACGGAACCAGAAAGCUUUUGAACUAUAUGCUCGACAAUCUGGCAGUUCACCCAGAGCAGCUCCCCCAAAGACCGUGGAUCACUCUGAAAGAGCGAGACCUGAUGAGCCCAACAGCUGCGUUCACAGUCAUGUGCUACAACGUGCUGUGCGACAAAUAUGCCACGCGGCAGCUGUACGGCUACUGUCCGUCCUGGGCGCUGAACUGGGAGUACCGGAAGAAAGGCAUCAUGGAGGAAAUCACCGGCUGUGACGCCGACAUCAUCAGCCUGCAGGAAGUGGAGACCGAGCAGUACUACACCCUGUUCCUGGAAACACUAAAGGACCGCGGCUACGACGGCUACUUCUGCCCCAAAUCCCGCGCCAAGCUGGUUUCUGAGCAGGAAAGGAAACACGUCGACGGCUGCGCCGUUUUCUUCAAGACCGAGAAGUUCACUCUGGUCCAGAAACACACCGUGGAGUUCAAUCAGGUGGCUAUGGCCAACUCUGAGGGGUCAGAGGUCAUGCUGAACAGAGUGAUGACCAAAGACAACAUCGGCGUGGCGGUUCUGCUGGAGGUUAAUAAGAGCAUGUUCUCCAGUGGCAUGAAGCCUCAGGAGAGGCAGCUCCUUCUUGUGGCCAACGCUCACAUGCAUUGGGACCCGGAGUACUCGGACGUCAAGCUGAUCCAAACCAUGAUGUUUCUGUCGGAGCUGAAGAGCAUUGCCGAGAGAGCCUCGGGUGCCAUGACGACGGACUUCCCGACCUCUGACCCGUCAUCCAUCCCCAUCGUCCUGUGUGCUGACCUCAACUCGCUGCCCGACUCUGGCGUGGUAGAGUACCUGAGCAACGGCGGGGUGGCUGAAAACCACAAGGACUUCAAGGAGCUGCGCUACAACGAGUGUCUCACCAACUUCAGCUGCAACGGCAAGAACGGCAACUCGGACGGCAGCAUCACACACAGCUUCCAGCUGAAGAGCGCGUACGACAGCAACCUGAUGCCUUACACCAACUACACAUACGACUUCAAGGGUGUCAUCGACUACAUCUUCUUCUCCAAGACACACAUGAGCGCCGUGGGCAUCCUGGGCCCGCUGGACAGCCAGUGGCUGGUGGACAACAACAUCACCGGCUGCCCCCACCCCCACAUCCCCUCGGACCACUUCUCCCUGCUGGCCCAGCUGGAACUGCACCCCCCUGCUCCCCACGCGCUCAACCCCCUGAACGGCCUGCACUUGCCGGUCCACAGGUAGUGCAGCCUGGGAAAGCCCCGCCCCACCCCGCCCACACCUCUAACCUCACCCCUCAGCUUUUAAACACUGCCCCCCCUCCCAGCUUUAUACAGGACCCUGUGCAGCCCACCAUCAGACUCGAACAGGAGGAGUGAAGUAUUUGCCCGUUUGUUGCUCCUUUUUGUACCUUUUGUGUUAUGUUGAUUAAUUUCCUCCCUUUAAAACGAAGCUUGAUACCAAAAAUUGGGGACGAAGCUGCUGAAGUGACCCGGCUUAGAUGAGAUCAUGACGGCUCGUUGAUUCUGUUUUAAGAUAAAUUUAACACGAAACGUGACGAGAGACGAGAUGACUUCUGUCCCAGUUUGUUUUUCAUACAUUUAAGAAAUAAACUUUUAAGUCACAGAUUAAUAGUAAUGAUAUAAGAUAAUACAAGGCAUAUUUGGGCUGUUAUAGGUGGGUGUUAAAAUAGAAUUUCUGAGAAAAAAAUAAGAAAUUCUGAGAUUAAUUUCAGAAUUUUACUAGAAGAAAACUUGGAAAUUUCUUAAUAUUUUUUUAGUAAAUAAUUGACUUUUCAAACUGAGAAGUUUCAGCUUUUUUUCUAGAAAAUUUCUGAGAUAAAUUUCAACAUUUUUUAGAUUUAUCUUGCAAAUUUCCACACUCAGAAAUUUCCAAGUUCUUUUUCUAGAAGAGAUUAAUGUAAGAAUUUGAGUUAGUUUUUUGUUGUUGUUGCAAUUUUUCAACUUUUCUAACCCAGAAAUUUUCAUGGUUGUUUUUGUAAAAGAAAAAAAAUCUGAUUUUAUUCUAAGAAUUUCUGCUUUAUUUUCUCAGACAUUUUCAAAUUUUUCAAAAUUUUGAGACUAAACUCAGAAUUUCUGAGUUUUUUCUCACAAAUGUACUUUUUUUUCCUCUCUACUAUGGCCCUUAAAUGAUGUGGUGAAAUAUAUGUAUUUCUCACUACAAAAAGCUGAAUUUAUGAACGUUAUGAGGAAGUCAAACAUUUAUUGGUGUUUAUUUUUGAUUUUUUGUUGUUGUUUUUUGGUGCAUAUCUAAAAUUCACAAGCCACAAAAUGCCAAAAAAAUAUGUAAAUUAAUGAAAUCUGAAGAAUGAUCAGGAGAUUUUAAGAUUAAAAACAUUAAAACUUUGUUUUUAGAAGUAGUAUUUGAAAAAUGGGAGGCAGGAUUUAAAACCUCAGCACAUUUCCUGUCGCUAAUGCAUCAUUUUGGGGGGGAGGGCGGGCAGUCGCAUAAUCUGUAGUUUGUGUUAUGUUUUUUUCUUGAUACUUUUGAGAUUAUAAUCUUUGCUCUUUUUUGUCACACCAGCCAGUAAAUGAUGCCUCUUAAUAUAAACAAGCUGCUUUUUUCAUCUCAUCCGAUUAGAAGUAUUUAUUUUGAUAAUCUGGGAUUAUCCCUCACCUUUAUCAAUGACGCAUUCUUCACUUUUUGAGGCACCUCAGAGCUUUUUAACUUGUAAGAACAGCAGUUCUAGCCAAGUUCUCUCAUUUCUGCUUGAUUUGCUCAGUAUAUUUUAUACUCACAGAUGAUAUUUUUUCUCCUGAUGUUGUUUUAAAUGUUUCCCCGUCCCUGAUUGGCCAAAGAAUCGAAUGACAUACAAUCUGUCUUUACUGGGGUAGCUUAGCCGUGCCAGUCGAUGACUCCUACACAGAAUGUAUUUAGCUGCUUCUGAGGUUCAAAACUAAAAGCCCUUUAUGUAUGUUAGAGCUCAGUGUGCAGUACCUCUCACACUAAAAACUCUGAGUCACUUUCAAUAAAAAUACACAGAAAAAUGUUGUUUUGACAUUUCUGUAUAAGCACAGGCAAUGUUUGUUCUUGCACACGUACAUAAUGUUGUAUAAUUCCUACGUCUUUGUGCAUUUUUAAUAGAAAACAACUAUUGGGGCAGUUGUCCUUCUUUGCCAAAACAGCUGCCAUGGUGCAUAAAAAUGCUAUAAAAUUAGAGUUUGUGAUGUUUUUUUCCUCACGGAUAAGUUUGGGAUGCAAAGCAGAGUUUAGGGCAGACAAAACGGAAAACGUUGAAAAUCUUUACCAAUUUAAUUGGCUUUUAGAGUUCAGGUGUAUGAAAUUUAACAAAUAAUAGCCUGUAUUUAUUGUCACUCCAGAUAAGCCUGUAAAUAAAUUAAUCUCUUAUUGCAGCCGCAUAAUCUAUUCUACGAUAACUUUAGUAUGAAUACAAAUAUUUACAUUAGUUUAUAAAAAAAAAUAAAAAAUCAUUAUAAAGUAACCAGCAGAGGUUCCGACAAAAUAAAAUAAUUAAAUAAUUUUGGUUCAUAAAAUGUGUUUUCUAUUUUGAUUAAUUCUUUGUUUUCUGGGGAAUAAAUAUGACGUGACAUGAAGUCCUAUAAGUUUUAGCAAUGAAGCUCGGGGAGAAACCGAGAAAAAUAAAAAUAGACCAUUUAUUGAAGGAAGCAAAGAAACAUCUAAAACCAAAUUUUAAAAAAUUAUUGAGUUUUACCAGCUCAAUAAUAAACUAAACUUACAAAUUCUAAUUAAAAAUCUGUUUUAUACAUAGGUCAUCUUAGAAGAAAUUCACAGAUUUUACAGAAGUUAGCUACUUGUUUUUGGAGAAAGAUAAAGUCAAUUCUCUGCAGAAACAGCAGGAUUGUAGCCACAAUUAAAGUCAUGUUAGUUGCAUUUUGCCAUGUUUAAUUAAUCAAAAGCAGAUUUGGGGUCAGUAAAGUCUGCUUUUUAGUAGAAGUCACUGAAUAGAUGUGGUUCUAUUUACUAUGAGAGUGCAAAAUAUUUCCCUAAGUAAAAAUUGAAGAUUUCAUUUUUGAUUGAGUUAAAAACAUAUUUCCUGCUUAUGCUGCUGUAAUAAAAACAUGGAUCUACCAUAAGGUUGUCUUUAAGGAAUUAGAUUAAUCACUUAUUCCUACAACAAACGUGUAAAAGGAGAUGAAAUGUAAACUUUUUAAAUCAGGGAUGAAUGUUAAAAUGAUUGUUGAAGGCAGUUAAUGCGUCUGUGGUUCAUUUAACCCUUUGGACCAUGAUUUGAAGGUGAAAGGUCGUCGGCACAACCCCAGGACAGAUUGGGCCGCCAGCAGCAGCGGUUGAUGUUGAGGCCUAUACUUCACUCCUGAACAACUUCACCGGGAUUUUUGUACAAACAGCUUUACACGAUUUGACUCUUUGACAAUAAUAUGGGGGUGUCUUUCACAUUCUCACAUUAAAGGAGUGUUUUUUUCCUCCUCUCAAGUCAGAGAUGUACGUCAUGUUGCACAUUUUGUCUUUGUCGGGUUUCGCUUGGUGUUCCUGUACAGAACAAAUGUCUCUGGUUUUAUUUUUGAACUCUGUCUCUAACAUUGCAGACUUUCAGAUUGGAACUUUGUACGAUUCGGAAUAACCACGUUUUUCUCAGAAAAAAAAAACAACAACACAUAAAUGUUUUAGGUUUGAA